GUUGCCAAGAAAUGAUUUCCCAUGUAUAACAAUGGUUUUUCCUAAGGUGUAUAGAGUAAAAUACCAGUAAAUCUAUAUAGGUACGAUGACCUAAAAUAGUCAAUAAGAUUUCCGCUAUGUGAAAAACUUCCGCCUCAAACUGCAAUCUAUUUGAAAACCUAGUUCAAAGCAAACAAAAAUUCGUGUCCAUAACGUCAUUGAAAACAUCCAUUGCUACACGUGUACGGUACACGUCAUCGUUACGCAUGAGUGGUCGACGGCAGGUACAUAUGAAGUGACCAUUCUCCGGCAGGUUUGUCAUUGGUAUUCAAGAUGUUUAUUUAGUAUACCUCCUUUGUUAGCGGCUACCUACCUACCUGAUAUGCCUACGGAGAUCUGGUGUCUCAUAUUGAGGUAUCUAGAUGACGGCGAUUUAUUGCGUGCUGUUCAGACUAACGGCUCUUGGCUGGCGCACGCUAAGGGAGAUCCUGCUUUGAACAAGCGUUUGAACAGUGCCUUGCUCAAGAAGAGGAAAGAGUCGUUGAAAAUGAAGUGCCAAGUAACUGUGCAACGGCCUUUUCCUCUGCCAUGGACUUUUAUUCUGAAUAACCAGAAUAUUGUUAUUCAAAAGCCGGACGAGUAUCUCAAGUACCAGGAGAUUUACGAUUUUUAGUGAAGACGAAGCAAAAUAAAUCAGGCGGCAAAACUAAGGCUCUCAGAAAUAAUCAUUAUUAGUUGUAACAGCCUUUGUAUGAUGUAAUUAAUAAACAAUUUGUUAUUUAGUAAAA